AUGAUAAAUAGUAAUAUGCAAAUCAACGCUUUAAAUGAAGGAAUCAUGACUUAUUUGAUUGAAACAAGGUUUGGAGACCCAGUUUUUAGCAUGGAUAUAUAUGGCAAUCAGCUAGUUUAUGGGACAGCUUUGGGGCAGAUCGGCAGUUUUAAUAUUGAGAGCUUUGACUUGAUUAUGCUGACAGAAAUGACUGAAGAAUGUGUACGAGGGAUUUUUAUAUCAGAUGACCAUGUAAUUUAUGCAGCGGUAGGAGAUUUAUAUGUCCUAGUUUUGUUUAAAAAUGAAAACGAUGAAUGAGGAAUGGAUGAAAUCAAGUAUGAAGGAAGAGAACAUUCAAGUUUACUAUGCACAUAUAGCCAGAUAAUACAGCAUAAAGGCAAAAUUUGUAUUUUUGUGAUUGAUUAGAUGAGAUUAGAUUUAAGAUGGGUAUUUAUAGUCCCUGCUUCGUGGAUUGCAUGCCGCGAGUGCGAACUCACUCGCAGGGUGGCAGAGCGUACCCACAGCAAGCCCGGGCCGAAACCCCGGUUUCUCGGUAGAGGUAAAGGUCAAGGGACAGGGUCAUACUGACCGCCUCCAUUUCUAACUUGCCGUGUUGCCCAAGUUGACGCCAACACUGCCCUCUCCUACGCCAGAUCGCCCCUUUUGAUCGGGACCCUUUUAACUGGAGAGACUUGCGCCCUUGAGGUCUCUAAGUCGAGCUUCGCCUCCCCUCUUUCCCGGAUCAUCUCCAAGAAAGAACUCAACCCCAUCGGGAUUCGGAGCUAAGCCACCAUGUAGCUUAGGCAAGUAAGUCACCCUGCCUCUUUCGGACACCGAGUCUGGGCCUCGGCGCUACUGGCAAAAAGAAUGCGAAAAACUGCUGCCCGGGUCAAGUCCCAAAAUCAGCGGAAAUUGGGCUGGGCCUCUUGCCUCGAGGCUAACUCUCCCCUUGAGUAGCUCUCCGCAUCUAAAAACCACGUCCGGUAUACAUAAGGACACCCGCCACGGGAGGACGGGUCGCUCGUCUCCGGCCAUUUUAUGUAUAUGUAUUUUUGUGAUUGAUAAUGAUAAAGAAAUACUGUCAUCAAUAAGAAGUGAUGGGAAAUCUAAAGUUUUAAUUAUCAACGCAAUUUCAAAUGAGCAUGAAGAAUACCAAGGAAUCUGCUUCCCAAAAUCGUCUAUUCCGCUUGAUUUCGAUGGACAAAGGCUUUUAUGAAUAGAAGAGUUUCCUAGGCACCGAGAAUUAAAACUAACAACUUUUAACCCUCUAAGCCACUACAAAUGUAAACACCUCGACAAGCAUUUUGGCCAUCUAUCACAGCCGUUUUUAUUGCAGGACUCAAUGAUUUUUGUACACAACUAUAAAGAGAUAAAAUCAAUGGAUCUUUUAUCAGGCGAAUUCACAGCGAUAAUAGGUAUCCACUCUGAAGAUAUUGUAUGCAUUUUUCCUAUACUCUUUCCAUCGCAGGUAAAUCCUAACGGCAAUGAAGAAAACGAGGGGCAUCUGCUAACAAGCCGAGGAAUAGUGAUAGCUGCUGACAAAAAAGGGAUCAUUUGUCUUUGGCAAGAUGGGAAUUUACUAGAAAAAAUAGAUUUGUGCUGUCUAGAAGGAUUUGAAGUAGAAGCAAGAGAUAGGCUCUUUGGGAUGGGGUAUCCUUAUGUGAUUAGAGCUGGGGGCAUUUGAAUAGCUGUUUCAACUGAUAUUGGAAUUAUUAUUUUAAAAAGCAAUUAUUUAAAACAGAAUGGAGGAAUUGAAAGCACUGCCCCUAGUCUUGGCAGUAAGUCGUGAGCAUAA